CUCCUGAUGAUUGCUCUCCAGAUCUUCCCCCGACUCCAGAUCUGAAGAUGGAUCCUGCAUCCGGAAUGAUACUGGCAGGGGACACCAUGCGUAUAACUUGUUCAUCCAAUGGGAACCACAUGGAGAGAAAGUUCUAUUUCUACAAGGAUGGAGCUGAGAUUGGGGCCACCAACCAAAGGCCUCUGGAUUGCUCCAAAGAGCCUGGAGACGCUUCUUCCAACAUCUCCCUGAGUAUCUGUCUACAAGCUCAGCCCAACCUGACAGGGGAAUAUACCUGCAGGUAUAAAAAAAGCAUGAGUGGCAGGUGGAUCAUGUCUCAUUGGAGCCAGAAGGUCAACAUCACAGUUUCCAGUCCUGUGUCUGAAUUUCCAGUUCAUGCAUUGUUUGCGGUUCCAUUUAUAAUCCUGUUGAUGAUUCCUAUCGCUUUCUGCUUCAGGAGAAAGAUCUGUGCAUCCACAUCUUAUCAAGAAUGUGAUCCAGGAGAAAACAAGAAGAAUAAGAAGGAGCGUCAAAAGCCGAAAUCGGAAACAUCAAGAGACCAAGACUUACAGGAUUCAGAGGUGGCCUAUGCCCAGCUUGCCUUCCUGCCUGCUCCUCCUCGUUCUGGACCAGCGAUGGAGAAUACAGUCUCAUAUACUGAAGAGAAAGGAGUCAUGUAUAGCGAUAUUCGCAUUAAGAAAGUAAAGAAAGAAAUCGACCGGAAGCACCUAAAACCUGGGAUGUCUUGAUGUUGCAAACCCAAUAUGAUAGAUUGCUUCGGCACAAAUAAAUUCCAUCAGCACUUAAAACAGCAGAAAAUAAUGUGUCAACAAAAGUCCAUCCUUGUUGUGUAUCUGCCAUAGUUCACAAUUAUUUGAAGAUGAAUCCUAAAAUAUAUUUGCACCUCUAUAGGACUGAGUUUCACUUUCUCUUGCACACUCAGCUUUUAGAAAUCUUACACUUUUAUCUCAUCCUGUUUUAUGAAAAAAUUUGCCAUUACAAAAAAUAAUUGAAACUCCCUACCGAAGGAAAUUAGGUGGACAGUCAUACGAAUGCUGUUCCUCAUAGCAUUCAGUGUUUAGCCUGCUGUUUUAACAAUUUCAAAACUGGAUCCUAGGAUUAUUUCUAGACAAUGUUUAGAGUUUUUAAAGAUCAUUUUAAUGUUUUUAUAUGUGUAUUGUUUUAAUUAGCUUUUAUUUCUUCAUUGCCUUGGGAACUCUUGUGGGUUGUUAUGGGAAAGAGAAACAAAUAAAUAUUAAAUAAUCUCCAAAAUAAAUGUUGAAUUGUUUUAAA